AUGCCAUUCGGCUACCUGCUGAUAGUGGGGCAGCGUGAUUCAGCCCUCACUUCAUCUGUAUCUAAACAGAGUGAUGCAGCGCGCCAGGGCGCGCUCCCGGUGGAGUCACGUGACCAGGUGCACGCCUCUCUCCCGCAGGGUGUGUUCAUUCUGAUCAGACACGGUGCAGCAGUUGGUCAGUGUGUGUUUAGCUCUAAUUCUCUCUUUGGGUUAAUGUGUGUGUUUGGGUCCUCAGUAAGAAUGCAGGUGUGUUUUCUUCUCCUCCUUAUACAGCUUCAUGUCACUGAAGGCUGCAGGCUGGAAGGAAACAGAGAGAUAAAACCCAUCACUGCAUACACAGGAGGCUCAGUACUGCUGCCCUGCUCCUGCACUGACCUCCACACCAAACCUGACACCUUCACAUGGAGGAAAAUCACAAAUGAAACGAAAUGGGUAGAGAUACCUCCUGAGAGUGAGCAGUACAAAGACAGAUUUCAGCUGGUUAAUGAUCACUCUUCAGGAAAUUUCUCUCUGCUCAUAUCACACCUGACUGAAGAGGAUGGAGGAGAUUACAAGUGUAGACUUAAAGAGAGUGAAUACAGAGACUUCAAACUCACUGUUGUAGGUUGCACACGGAAUCGUCAGACAGUGACUGUGACUGGAUACGUGGGACAGUCUGUCCUUCUGCCCUGCUCCUGCUCUGAACUACAAGCCAAACCCCACACUUUCAGAUGGAUCUUUUUUAAAGGAUCUGAUCGCAUAAAAUUAUUCCCAAAGGACCAGACAAAUCCCUACACAGACAGAGUUCAGCUCUUUAAUGAUCAUCAUCCAGGAAAUCUCUCUCUGCUCAUAUCACACCUGACUGUAGAGGAUGGAGGAUGGUACAGGUGUAAGAUCAGCAACACUAUCGAUGUAAACGUCAUACUCAUAGUAAAAGACGCACCAACAAGACCUUCAACAUCCACAGCAGUGAUCACAACAACUUCACCUAAUUCCAAACCAGGUGUCACAACAAAAGCUACAAAACCAACCCCAGUGGUCAAAGACAAAACAACUGCACACUCUGAAACAUCUUCUGAAAAAGACGCACCAACAAGACCUUCAACAUCCACAGCAGUGAUCACAACAACUUCACCUAAUUCCAAACCAGGUGUCACAACAAAACCAACCCCAGUGGUCAAAGACAAAACAACUGCACACUCUGAAACAUCUUCUGAAAAAGACGCACCAACAAGACCUUCAACAUCCACAGCAGUGAUCACAACAACUUCACCUAAUUCCAAACCAGGUGUCACAACAAAAGCUACAAAACCAACCCCAGUGGUCAAAGACAAAACAACUGCACACUCUGAAACAUCUUCUGAAAAAGACGCACCAACAAGACCUUCAACAUCCACAGCAGUGAUCACAACAACUUCACCUAAUUCCAAACCAGGUGUCACAACAAAAGCUACAAAACCAACCCCAGUGGUCAAAGACAAAACAACUGCACACUCUGAAACAUCUUCUGAAAAAGACGCACCAACAAGACCUUCAACAUCCACAGCAGUGAUCACAACAACUUCACCUAAUUCCAAACCAGGUACCACACACCACUGA